AUGGAGACUGAAGUGGAUGAAGACAGUGGGACGUUCACAAACAUUUCACUUGCCGACGACUCAGCUGACGGUGUAACUGCAAUCCUGCAUUCCAAAGAAGACGACGAAUACCCUGCCAUGAACUGCGAUAUGGAUGGAGACAUGGAGAAUCAGGUGGAACUUGAGGAGAAGACGAGGCUCAUUAAUCAAGUCCUGGAGCUUCAGCACACACUCGAAGAUCUGUCGGCACGAGUGGACGCAGUGAAAGAGGAGAACCUGAAGCUCAAGUCAGAGAACCAGGUCCUGGGUCAGUACAUCGAGAACCUCAUGUCAGCUUCCAGCGUGUUCCAGACGACCGACACUAAGAGCAAACGGAAAUAGAGGGAGAGAGAGAGAAAGGAUACGAGGCUUUGUUCUCUCUAUCUUUUUCUUUUUCUCUUGUCUUUCUCCUCCCUGACUAAUCCUUAAAACAGACCCCCUGCUCCCUUCCUUUACCCCCAAUGCCUGAGCCAGUCCAAACCAGGCAUGGUUUAUGCUGCCCUGUCCCUAAAACAAACACACACACACACACACACACUUUCGUGUUACGCUCUAAAUUUGUACCAUCCAUCUUUAUUUCCUUUGUAUAUGUGUAUUAGUUUUCAUUGACUUUAAGUUAUUAUUAUUAGUAGUAGUAGUAUUAUUAUUAUUGCUUUCAUAAACUCAUUGGCGAACAAUAAGAGGCAGGUAGACUCAGCUGGGAGUCUCCUGCUAGAUAAAACAGUGUUGGUUUGAAUAAGUAUGGCAUUUAUGGACUAUAUGGUCAGAAAUGUAUCAUGCUGUUGUAUAUCAUAGACGGUGAAGCUGUGUUGUUAGAAGUAAGCUGUUUACGUGAUAAUAGUCUUGGCUUUUAAUUUUGCUUGGGAGCAGGAACAAAGCACGGGAAACAGUUAAAUGACGAAAACGAGCAGUCAUUGCAUUAGUUUGGGUUCCAGCAUUGAUCUAAAGAAUGAAUUGGUCAUUGUUUAACCUCCCCCC